AUGCUGCACGAAAUCCUCCUGUCCUUGUCCGGGCACCCUUCACCACUCCUGCGAACCGAUGGCGUUCAAUCCACCGCUUUUGCCGCCAUCUCGCCCCCCGAACGCGAACUUCUCGCCACCGCCGCACACCUCAGCGACUUGAACAUCAAGCUCCUGGGCCACUCGGCCCAGAUUUCGGCAGAACAUCCCUCGACUAUAUGCCGGGCCGUUGCAACGGCAAUUGAGUCGAUUCAUCUGGCUGCUUUUCAGCGCAAAGUCCUGGAGGUGGAAGAGACGGUCUUGCGGCAUGAUUCGAGUCUAGUGGGCGCCUACAAUAUUGUACCCUUGACCGCUGUUAUUGGGGAGUUCUCAGGAUGGACCAGGCGUCUGGAGUGGUUGAGAGAGGUAGUCCAGUUUAUUCUGGGCAAGCACAAAGGUGGAAAGUGCUGCGGCGCGCAGUUGAUUGAUCGACUGCGCACUGAGCUGCAGAGCGGAUACAUGGACAUUGAGCAGACCGCUCUGACUUUGGUCAAGGUUGCCGAGACGGCGUGGCUGAAGCAGGUGUCUGCCUGGAUUCUUUACGGCCGAUUGCCGAGUCACGGCGAGGGCGACUUCUUCGUCCGGCUGGCGGAGGAUGGCGAUCAUGACUUUGUUAUCACACCAACACUGCUUCCCAAGUUUGUCACGCCUACGACAGCAGCCUCCAUGUUAUUCAUCGGCAAAUCACUGAACCAUGUCCGCGUAAAGAGCAGUGUCGAUUCGGGCCUCAUGGGGCUUGACCACCUCUCAUCACAACUCCGGGAGCUCUCGGGCCUGGCCUAUCCGCUCAACACAGCGAGCUUCUCAAGAGCCAUCACCGCUCUCCGCGUGAGCCUAUCCAGGACCACGCUUCAAAAGCUCUUGCCUCUGAGCAGAGUUGUCGAGAUCCUCCGCCUGCUGCGCGAAUUCUUCCUUCUCGGUCGGGGUGAGUUUGCCAUGGCUCUGACACAACAAGCAGAUGAGAAGCUUCGGAGCCGAUGGAAACGAGCGGAUAAUCUCGCGUACGACAAACGAGAAGGCUUUGGUACCCUCGCUUUGAAAGAGGGCGAAGUGACAGCGGUGCUGGCCAAGACGUGGGCGGCGAUGGGGCUGAUGCAAGGGCAGCACGCAGACGAAGACGAAGGCCUCGAACUGGGGCGUGACUUGCUGCGCUUGCAGCUCACCAAGUCCAAACCGGCGAGUCCCGUCAAGGUUGGAUCGGUCACUGCACCGCAGAGGUCACGGUCGCUCGCAACAACCCCUUUCCGCAACCUCCUCUUCUCAGUGCCUGUGGUGCUGACGAUGCAGAUCCCUUCGCCCCUCGACAUGUUCCUGGCUCCGUCCGACCUACAGAUCUACUCAACCAUCAAUUCAUAUCUACUGUCUAUCCGCCGGGCGCAUAUACGCCUUACGGACUUGUGGAAGAUCACAAGCCUUCGACGGCAUCAUCCUGCACCACCCGGACCGCCUGGUGGCAGUACCCGCGGUGGUCGAUCAAAAGUGAUAUUGCUUCGCGAGCGCCACACGGCACGUUCCAAUGCCAUGCGCAGCACCUGGGUCACAGCGAGCGCCGCCAUAUUCUUCCUCGCAGAAACAGAGGCCUAUCUCCAGACCGAGGUCGUCGCCGGGCUCUGGGACGGGUUCCACCAAUGGCUCACGUCGAGCGACGCAAAGCACGGCGACAUCAGCGCAGGCCACGCUACAUCAGCAAGCCGAGCCGCGGCACCCGGAAACGACAACGACGAAGAGGAGGACAUUUGGCUCAUGCCUUCCACGGCUUCCAGCCCGUCGUCCCCUUCCCAGCAACAAAAGCAGCAACAGCAACAGCAACACGACCCGCAGUCUCUCGCGACAGCCCACGCACGCUACCUCCUCGCCCUCUCCCACCGCCUGCUCCUCACGUCGACGCCGUACACGGACGCCCUCCUCACGCUCCUCGUCAGCACGGACCACCUCGUCGCCCUCGUCCACCGCCUGCACAGCAUCUGGACGUCCAUGGAUCUCGAAGCCGACGCCGGCGUCGUCGACGCCUUUGUCGACCUCGAGACGGAGGAGAGGAGCGUCGCCGUCGCCCUCCGCGACGUCGAGGGGCGCGUCAAGGCAGGCAUCGAGGACGUCAUUGCUGCGCUGAGGAUCCUCGAGGCCGACUCGGGAUUUGCCGAGGGCCUCGACGGCGGGUCUGCCACGGAUGAAAUGGACGGCGUCUGGGGUGCCGAGGAAGGGGAGUACACGCCCCGCCGCGUCGGCGGCGUCGAGAGGCUGCUGAUGAAGCUUGAUUUCGGCGGUUGGUUCGGCGGUCGGAAGGGCGUCUUUGGCGAUGUGGUCUAG